GUUAUAAGCCCGACACCGCCACCGUGCGGCCGAGCAGCGGCACCGACACUUCACCUGCCGCAGCAUCUAAAUCAGGGGAGAGGACGGUUCAAAGAUGGUUGCCAAUAGUGACCACGCAACUGAAACUUGGAGAUUAUCUUUCCACGAAAAGAAUAACCCAGGCUUGAAGGGAAAAAUAGUUUGUCUUUCUUUGCUUUUUCUUAUCAUGACAACGCCACAGAGAAAUACAGAAAACUUGGUGAAGGCAGAGGGCAACAACACGGAGCAUAUGGACAGUAUUCAGAAGUUACUGGAGAAACUUCGGAGCCUUCCCACAGAGGAUAAAACAGAGACAGAGAUGCUGCAGUUCAGGAUAGAUGAACAGUCAAGUUUGAUUUGCUUACUGAAACAAAGAGCAGAUGAGCUGCUUCUCCGAUGUCAAGCCCUACAGACAAUCAAUACAGAGCUGGAGGACCAAGUAACGGGCUGUCAGAAAGAACUGGACAGCGAAAGAAAGAAAGCAGAGAUUAUAGAAGGAAGAUUUAUGGAUUUAGCUGCCAACAAUCAAGCAAUUAUUGCUUUCAUGGAUGAGUACAAAAGUCAGAAUGCACAGUUAAAGCUGGAAAACAAGCAGCUGCAGUCAGAAAAUGAAUCACUUUUCUCCCAAAAACUACAAGAUAAAGAGGUGGUUGUUCAAAAACUUAUGCAAGAAGUCAAACUGCUAUCAGAGAAAUACACAAAUAAGGAAAAUGAAUAUCGGGAGAAAUUAGCUGAAUGUGAGUCAAAACUCUUGGAACAAGCAGCAAAGCAUCAAGCCAAAGAGGCAUCACUAUGUGAAAAAUUGCAUAAUGCUCAGAAACAGCGUGGAGAUGCUGCACAGAGGUGCAAAGACCUGAAGCUGCAGCUACAAAACACUGAAGAGGAGCAUGCUUUGAAGGAAAUCAACAUGAGAGAAAGCAUAACAAGCCUCACCAAAGAGAAAGACAAAUUAUUGUGUCUUUCUGUGGAAAGAGGGAAAGUAAUACAGGAGAAACAAGAGGAAAUGCAGCAGCUGGAGAGAAAAUGUAAAGAAGAGAAAAAAGCCCGGGCCAGAGCAGAGGGCAGGUUUGAACAAGAAGCAGAAGCUGUUAACGCAGAUGUAAAAGUGAAGUCUCUUCAAUGUGCCCUUGAUGAAUUCCGGACAAAGUAUGAGAAGCUAAAUAAGGAUUUUGAAGCUUUCAAAGAACACAGCACCAACCUUCUUACUCAGGAAAGGGAGUUAAAUAAGAAACUCCGCCACAUGAUGGGCUAAACUUAAGUAUUAUUUAAGUGUUGUUUUCUCACCAGUGUGACUUAAUUAAAACAAGUCACUUUCACCAGAAAAUGUUUCCACACUGACAGUACUUACAAUGGAAGGAAGGAAAUAAAACAUGACAAAACGA